AUUUAUUUCGACCUAGAUAACUUGGGAAUGGGCCCAAAUUGCUUAUAAAGACACGAUCUUCAAUACUGAGGCUUGGUGUUUACUUCUGCUUCUAGUGCCACCUUUGUUGUUAAUACCCUUAGUUCAAAAGCUUGCAAGAACCACCAUCAUCAUGAAUCGAUUCAUCGUUUCGCUGCUGCUUUGCGCCAUUGCAGUACGACAAAUCAAUGGCCUCCUGGACCUGCAUGCUAAAGAGGGAAGGAUAUUGGUUCGCUAUCCCCACUACUGCAAUGGAAUUCUUCAAAUAAAAUACAAUCAGCUGUGCCAUCCUCAACCCGAAGUCUUCGACCAAGAUUUUCUGGAUUCAAAGGAAGCCAACACAUUCUUGUUCAAACAAAGAAUCGGAAAGAGAAGCCUUAUCGAAGAAUGCUGCUUUGAGGGAUGCACCAACGAGGAAAUUUAUGAAGUCUGCUAAAUUAAUGAGACACCAAUGCGGAUUAAGCUGACUUCUUACCAUCGGCAUAUUCAACCUUACAAAAUAUAUUGGUUUCCUCUUAUAUCGAGAUAUAAUAAAAAUAACAAGAAUAUUUUUAUUUAAAUGGCGCUUUCCAUAACAGGAGUUAUAUCAAAGCGCUUCACAGAACGAAAUACUAUUACUACAAGAAGACCCUCCCCCAAAAAAAGAAAAAGCAACUUAACCAAAAAGAAGAAAUCUCCUGCUUGAAUUCUCUCCAAACAAAUUACUCAUUGUAGAAAAACAAAUAUAAACAAACCAAACUAGAAAAAUUCAAGAAUUUUUUUUCCAGAAAGUUAGCUUUCAGAUGUUUUUGAAAGGUAUCAAAAAAGGGUUCAGAACGCAAAGAGACUGGAUGACAAUUCCAAAGUGAGGAGCACUACGAGAAAAGAUUUUGUCACCAUAAGCCUUCGUUUUGCUUCUCUUAACUUGCAGAACGAACGUUUUGAGAGGCGGAGCUGAGGAAUCUGGUAGGUACAUAAGGACAAAUAACGUCAGACAAGUAUAUGACAAGUAUAUACGAGAUAUAAUUAGUGGUGGUUUUCGUCUUUGAAAUAAAUAUCAAGUAUUAUGCCAUUUGCUUCCCAUUUAGAUUCGUGAAAAUUCGAUAUGGAGCUCCUAGUUUUUAUCUAUUUUUAGUUCCUAUUGUUUUUGGAAGGGAUUCUGUACCGAAGCCUCAGAUGUCUCAAAACAAUCUGGAUCUUGAUUCGCACAACAAAAAUACAUCUGCAAAGUUUUGGCCCAACCAAAUGAAUCCAGCCCCCCCCCCCCGCGGGGAACGAAAUAGAACCUCAGCGCUUAGAGCAUUCCUGUUGGGCACUUAAAGGUUAAAAGAGAUUACUGCAAGACACAACAGCUUACCUUUCAAACUAAUACAACUUUCCUGUUAAAACAACUCUGUUUGCUUGAUUGCUUAUACGCUGACGGCUGCUCUGUAAUUUGAGGGAAAGUGUUAUGUAAGACUAAACAUUUCAAAAACAAGAAUGACCUCUCCCUGUAAUGCACAGAUGUGAAAUCUUAAAAAUGUGACAAAGCAGCAAACAAUAGAAAAAUACGUUUCCGUACUACAACCGUGUUUAUGCAUUAUUCGCAGCUCUUCUUUUGAGAGAAAUGCCUUAAUUGAAAUUAGCCGAACCAUUACGAAAGACCUAUUUUAAAAUUACCCCACCCUUUCGUUAAUUCUUCCUUUUCUCUCUAUUUUAUCUUUCCUAAGAAAAACUGUGAUUUGAAUCUGUAUGAAAGAUUAAAGUUUACUUGCAAACCAG